AGCUGGUAGGCGGGCAGCUUCCCCCUGGUUGCCACGGCAACGACCAGGGCCGCUGGCCCUCUGAAGCCGGAAAAGAACAGCAAGUGCAAGACCACGCAUUCCAUCCUGCCUCGCAGAUUAAACCAGCUGUCAAGCCGGAGUGAAGAAUCAGGCAGAGUGAAGAAUCGGCGAGCCGCACGCUGGAACUCCGAGAUGUGAGCUGCCGUGAACUGGCUCACGAAGGGGAGACACAAACUUGCUGGCCCCCGCUGAGACGAGAAUGGCCCCACGUUCCGGGCCUGGCCUCCUGCUGACCAGCGCCCUGGGCAUCCUUGUCCUGGACUGCGUCACGGGAGGUCAAAAGACCAGCACCCUGAUCUUCACGAAGGAAAACACCAUUCGGAACUGCAGUUGCCCGGCGGAUGUCUGGGACUGUGACUACAGUCUGGCCAACUUGAUGUGCAGCUGCAACACCGUCCUGCCCGCCGCAGUAGAGCAGGCCAGCUACAGCGACCGUCUGACCGUCUGGUUCACAGAUGCAUCCGCACUGGGCCUCCUGUUGAACUUCACGUUGGUCCGGGACCUGAAGCUUUCUCUGUGCAGUCCCAACACUCUCCCCUCCCAAUACCUGGCCAUCUGCGGUCUGAGGCGGCUUCGCAUCAGGGCCGAGGCCCGGUGGCUGGUGCCGGAGCAGAGCUUGCUCAUUGACCACAGCAGGGAGGGUGAACCGAGAGAGAAUCCUGUUGGGUUCCCGGGAGGCUGGCAGAUGUGUAUGUAUGUCUCAUUCUUAGAUAUGGCACUUUUCAACAGGAAGUCAUCCUUAAAAGCAUACAGCAUUGAAAACGUUGCCAACACCGCCAAGAGUUUUCCCCACUUCUCUUACUUUGAAGCCUUCCCGAUUUUGAGCAACAAAAGCUAUGUUGUCACAUUCAUUUACUAACACUGUAGAAGGUUCUAACUGCUGGAAACUUUGGCAAACUAUGGAUAACUUGAAAAGGAAUCUGGGAACAAGGUCAUGGGUAUCCUUAUGCACAACUUCACCUGUCUGCCCAGCCCCCAUUCAGAGCGCAGCCAUCUAUGCAGCCGGCCCUCUCUGCUCCGCUCCGGUCCAAUGGGGGGGCGGGGGGCUGUUUCAAAAAACCAAAUAAAUAGAAAGAAAUAAACAAAAAACAAAGCCCAAAAAACAAAACACAACAAAACAACAACAAAAAAACCUUCCUUGAGUCCAGAAUGUCUUGUGAGUUAGCUAGAGGCCAGGGGGUCUGGGGGUCUGUGGAGAAACGCUAGGUCGGAAAUGGGGAAAGCAGUCCAUGCUUAGGACUUUUUUUAUAAUAACUUUUUAUUUUUUGCUUCAUUUUGUUAUACUGACUGGAUUUCCCCUAAGAAGAGAACACUAGAUUUCAGAUGCUUUAGGACUAUGUGUUCCACAAAAUGAUUUGAUUCUCUUUAAACUGAUGUUUUCCAAAGACCUUGCUAGACAUGUCUGUGCUGGGAAAGGGGAGUUUUGAGAGUGGAGCUGGCCUGGUUAGGGUGGAAUCCCAGGGGACCCCAUGAGAGCACUGGGGUUUGAGGAGUGUGGUACAGAAACAAAAAGUCAGGGGACACAAAAACCCAAUGGCAUAGAUCUCAACAUUUUGCUUAGAGCAAGUCAGGGGACACAAAAACCCGAUGGCAUAGAUCUCAGCAUUUUGCUUAGAGCAAGGCCUAAAGCCAGAGAGUUUCUCCUGUAGAACUUUUGCUUUCAUUCUUUCUUUGCCUUCUUCUGUCUUAGUGCCUGGUAUAUCACUUGGGCUCCCCCCCCCACCUUCCUUCCACUCCAGAAACAGAACUGCAUUUAACAUCACUAGGGGCUAGUCUGGGAACCUAAUAAUCCUCUAUAAUAUGAUUCUUAUGGGCACAAAUGCUCAUAUUACUAAAAGGUAAUUGACAAAAGAACAUUUAGUCCGUUUGGAUGUUUAAUUCUGGAAAGUUAAGACACUUUGUCUGACAUGGUUGACACAAAAGGGUCUUGUAUGUGGUGACAAAAGGAACGGAGGCAACAUAUUUAAAAAUUUUUUAAAAAGUAAACUGACCUCCGGGUACAAAGAAAACUUUCCUCACAGACUCAAUUUACCAUUGAGAUAGGAUGUAAAGAAUCCUAUGAUGAUGAUGUCACAAAUGUGCAAGCCCAGUGGGGCAGAAAGUAGAAACAUAAUUGCAUUCUUAAUGUGUUAAUGGUAAGAAAGAGUUUUAGUAUCAAAUAACAGGAUAUCUUGAGGUUGCUGAUUUCACAUCACAUUCACCACAUUUUUCUCUUAACCUUAAACGUAGGGUAACUGAAAUAACCUGAAACAUCUACAUUCGCUUAAUUGGUGGGGGAUUUGGCCAUUUGAGCUAAUUAGCAUGAGUCCAUAAUGUCAGCAUUUAAAUUAGGCCAAAAUGACAACCAAAGUAUGAAUUUUAAUAGAAUAAUGUAAUGACCUCAUUACUGACAUUGUAUUUGAGAGGUAAGAUUAAAGUGACAGAAAAAGACAAGGAAAAAACAGGAGGAAAAAGGAAGGCAAGAAGGAUAUAAGUGAA